AUGAAGUUGUUCACUGCUCCUCACAUGCUGGCGCUGUCUCUGGCCGCCAGCCAGGGUUUCGCUGCGAUGACUCAGGGUGUCUCGCAGGACGUCUACAACCGCUUGGUUGAGAUGGCCACCAUCUCGCAGGCUGCCUAUGCCAACCUGUGCAAGAUCCCUUCCACCAUCUCCAUUGUGGGAAAGAUCUACAAUUCCCAGACCGACAUCAACGGAUGGGUUCUUCGCGACGACUCUCGCCGAGAGAUCAUCACUGUCUUCCGUGGCACCGGCAGUAACACUAACCUUCAAUUGGACACCAACUACAACCCGGCCGCUUUUCAGACCAACCCCAAGUGUGAGGGAUGCUUCGUGCACGGCGGAUACUAUACCGGCUGGCUCUCGGUCAAGGAUCAGGUUGAGUCGCUGGUUGACUCGCAAGUCAACCAGCACCAAGGAUAUGCCUUGACGGUGACCGGCCACAGCCUCGGUGCUUCAAUGGCCUCCAUCACCGCCGCUCAGCUGGCUGCCACCUACAGCGAUAUCAGCCUGUACACCUUUGGUGAACCUCGAACUGGCAACCAGGCCUUCGCCGACUACAUGAACGAGCACUUCCACGCCGGCAGCGCCUCCACCACUCGCUACUUCCGCACCACCCACGCCAAUGACGGCAUUCCCAACGUGCCUCCUACCUCGAUGGGAUACGUGUCGUCUGGUGUUGAGUUCUGGAGCGUCGACCCUUACAAUGCGCACAACAUCUUUGUCUGCACUGGCAAUGGAGACCAGUGCUGUGAGGCUCAGGGUGGACAGGGUGUGAAUGGAGCUCACACCACAUACUUUGGUAUGACCAGCGGAGCUUGCUCUUGGUAA